CGGAGCGGAGCGGCGGUACCCGGGCAGUGCCUGGGUGUGCUGCUGGCUGCUGGGCUGGCAGGCGGCCGCCCUACAGCUACCGCCCUGCCAAGAGACAGAUUACCACUUCGAGUACACAGAGUGCGACAGCAGUGGCUCCAGAUGGAGGGUGGCUGUCCCGAAUCCAUCGGUGGAGUGCUCUGGACUACCCGACCCGGUGAAAGGGAAGGAAUGCACUUUCUCUUGUGCCUCUGGUGAGUACUUAGAGAUGAAGAAUCAGGUGUGCAGCAAAUGUGCAGAAGGGACCUACUCGCUGGGCAGUGGGAUCAAGUUUGAUGAGUGGGAUGAGCUGCCAGCAGGAUUCUCUAACGUGGCAACUUUCAUGGACACAGCUGUUGGCUCAGCUGAGAACAAAGCCAGCAGCUGCAACAACUCUUCAUGGACACCUCGAGGGAAUUACAUCGAGUCCAACAGGGAUGAUUGUACAGUUUCUCUCAUCUAUGCUGUGCACCUGAAGAAAUCUGGUUCUGUCUUCUUCGAAUACCAGUAUAUUGACAACAACAUCUUCUUUGAAUUUUUUAUACAAAAUGACCAGUGCAAAGAGAUGGAGUCUACAGCAGACAAGUGGGUGAAGCUAACAGACAAUGGAGAAUGGGGCUCUCAUACUGUAACUCUGAAAACAGGUAGCAAUAUAUUAUACUGGAGAACAACUGGGAUUCUCAUGGGGUCCAAAGUAGUAAAACCAGUUCUGGUGAAAAACAUCACAAUUGAAGGGGUUGCAUACACAUCAGAAUGCUUUGCAUGCAAACCUGGUACCUUCAGUGACAAACCAGGCUCAUCUGGGUGUCAGGUGUGUCCACGAAAUACUUAUUCUGAGAAAGGAGCUAAAGAAUGCACCAAGUGUAAAGAAGAAAUAUACUAUGCAGAAGAGGGAUCCAGUGCGUGCAUAGAACGUCCACCAUGCACAAACAAAGACUUUUUCCAGAUCCAUACCCCGUGUGAUAAGGAAGGAAAAACUCAGAUCAUGUACAAAUGGAUUGAACCCAAGAUCUGCAGAGAGGAUCUCCCCCAUGCAUUGACCCUACCUCCUUCUGGAGAGAAGAAGGAUUGCCCACCCUGCAAUCCUGGCUUUUACAACAAUGCCUCCUCUUCCUGUACUCCUUGCCCACCAGGCACAUUUUCGGAUGGGACACAGGAGUGCAAAGCCUGCCCUGCUGGGACCGAGCCAGCUCUGGGGUUUGAAUACAAGUGGUGGAACAUCCUGCCAGGCAACAUGAAGACAUCCUGCUUUAAUGUUGGCAACUCAAAGUGUGAUGGGAUGAAUGGUUGGGAGGUGGCUGGUGAUCACAUCCAGAGUGGGGCAGGAGGCUCUGACAAUGACUAUCUUAUCUUGAACUUGCACAUCCCUGGAUUUAAACCUCCGACAUCAGUGACAGGAGCAACUGGGUCAGAGCUAGGACGGAUUACUUUUAUUUUUGAGACCAUCUGUUCAGCAGAUUGUGUGCUGUACUUCAUGGCAGAUAUUAAUCGAAAAAAUACCAAUGUGGUGGAAUCAUGGGAAAGGAGUAAAGAAAAACAAUCCUACACUCAUAUAAUCUCUAAAAACGCUUCCUUCACGUUCACCUGGGCCUUUCAGAGGAUAAAUGAGGGCCAAGAUAGCAGACAGUUCAUCAAUGACAUGGCAAAGAUCUACUCCAUCACAGUGAGCAAUGCAGUGGAUGGAGUUGCCUCUUCUUGCCGGGCCUGUGCGUUGGGCUCUGAGCAGUCUGGCUCAUCCUGUGUGCCCUGCCCAGCAGGACACUACAUCGAGAAGGAGAGCAGCCAGUGCAAGGAGUGCCCAGCCAACACCUUCCUGUCCAUCCACCAGGUCUAUGGCAGGGAAGCCUGCAUCCCAUGUGGACCUGGCAGCAAGAGCACCCAGGACCACUCUGCCUGCUUCAGUGACUGCCUGGUGUCAUACAUCAAGGAUAACCAGAGCCUGAAUUAUGAUUUUAGCAACCUCAGCCAGGUGGGAUCAUUGAUGAGCGGACCGAGCUUCACCUCCCGAGGGACCAAGUUCUUCCACUUCUUCAACAUCAGUCUGUGUGGGAAUGAGGGGAAGAAGAUGGCUGUUUGCAUUGACAAUAUCACAGAUAUUACUCUGAAGGACAUGGUUGCAGAAUCGGAAGAUUUUUCCAACUUUGUGGGAGCUUUUGUCUGCCAGUCCACCAUCAUCCCAUCUGACAGCAAGGGUUUCCGAACAGCCCUGGCUCUGCAGUCCAACAGCCUGGCUGACAGGUUCUUAGGAGCUACUGUUGAGACAACACUGGAAAAUAUCAGCAUCAAGACAGAUAUGUUUCCAUCUUCUCCAAGUAAAAUACCUGAUGUGCAUUUCUUUUAUAAGUCUUCAACAGUGACAACUUCCUGUGAGAAUGGCCGUGCCACUGUUGUGACAAUGAGAUGUAACCCCAACAAACCAGGCCAGGGAGAGCUUUCUGUUCCCAGCUCAUGUCCUGCUGGUACCUGUGAUGGAUGCACUUUCUAUUUCAUGUGGGAAAGUGCAGAAGCUUGUCCUCUCUGCACAGAGCAAGACUACCACGAGAUUGAGGGAGCCUGCAAAAAAGGAUUUCAGGAAACCUUGUAUGUAUGGAAUGAGCCAAAGCAUUGCAUUAAGGGGGUUUCCUUGCCAGAAAAGAGGACCAACACUUGUGAAACAGUGGAUUUUUGGCUAAAAGUUGGAGCUGGUGUUGGUGCUUUCACAGCUGUUCUGCUCAUAGCCUUGACCUGCUAUUUUUGGAAAAAGAACCAGAAGCUGGAGUAUAAAUAUUCCAAAUUAGUGAUGACAGCAAAUUCAAAAGAGUGUGAACUGCCAGCUGCUGACAGCUGUGCUAUAAUGGAAGGAGAAGAUAAUGAAGAAGAAAUAGUAUAUUCAAAUAAGCAGUCACUGCUGGGGAAGCUCAAGUCCUUGGCAACAAAGGAAAAGGAAGAUAAUUUUGAAUCUGUUCAGCUGAAAUCUUCAAGAUCCCAGAAUAUAUGA